CGUCUCCUCAAAGAUACCUUCAGUAUAUCUCAAGAUGCGGAUUUUAUUGUGCAUCAGCCAGCGGAUCGUCAAGAUGUGUACUCAUAUGAGUACGAAGAUGGCCCAGGCCCCAAUACCCAGAAUCUGGCCUUCGAUCUCAAACACGGAUCUAACACCCCCUGGAAUGCAAAAAUUCUCGAUAUUCUCCUUGAAGAAUUGAAAAAGAGGAGUGUAGAAGAGGAGUGGCCGUUCCGGAGGUUGGAUGGAUAUUAUAAGGCGAUACUUGAAGAUCGCUACAAGCGGCUGCAGACAGUCUGGAGAGCAGCACAACCAAAGGUUACAGCAAAGGGCGGCUUGGAGACUGCAGCAGAAGUGGAGGAGAGGUUAAUUGCAAAAAAAGACGAAAGUCUGAAGUCAGUUCACCAAACAACUCGUUGGCGAAAUAAAUAUCUCCGCAGAGCGAAAGUUCUGGAGCAAGUUAUUGAGCUGAAGAAAGAUGGUGAGGAUGAGGACCUACCAGCUUGGCAGUGGCUUCAAAAACUAAUCAAGAUGCUG